AUGUGGAUGGUCGAACCGCUCAUGCUUCUCGUCGGAGUCUGCCUCGUCACCAGUGUGGCCGCAGACGCCGGAGAUGACUUCUCCAAUAACUUGUUCUCCGACCUGGCCCCCCUACUUGCCCUCUUCGGAGAAAGGGUCACCACGCAGUUCAUGAGCCAGUCCACGGGCUGGGCCGACAAUGUUAUCCUGGCUAUGGCCCCGCUGGGCGUGCUUACCGCCAUUGUCGGCGCAAUCCGCGUCGGCGGUCCGUCGUGGCUCAAGGCUAUCAUCGGAAGGGCAAGGGAAAGCCGCGCUAUCGCCGAGUCCGAGCUGAUGUCCUCCACUUCGAAGGAGUUUGGCGUACUUGCUUACUCCGGGAUCGCCGCCAAGUAUCUUACGUUCGACUUGGUCAAGGAUGGGAGCCCUGUCGCCGACUAUGCCUUUCCUUGCACUGCAGCCGGCACGGUGCUCUUGGUGCUCGGUAUGCUCAUCUGUGCUCACGUUGUCGAGAGCAGCACGUCGGAAACGAGGUAUCGUCCACCGGCCGGGAAGAGCGCUCGAGUCGUCUGGCUACAGAGGUCUGGAACCGUCAACGACCAGGUUUUUGAGUCCUUUGCAAUUUUUCCAGACCAGGCACAAGCCCUGGUUACCACGUCUCGGCGGCGAGUAGCAAGGCUAAUGGUGCAAGACCUGUGGCCGGGUACCUGCUUCGGGAGGCCACAAGAGAGCUCGAAGGGGCGAAAACAGUUCGAAGAGACUGAAGAGACGGAAUCGAAUCAAAUCAAGAAGUCUGUGUCGGGGCAACCCAAAGACACUAUAUUGGAGCGCUUGUUGGAAACUGAGUUCGAAGAAGUCAAAGCUGUCGCUGGCACUAUCAUCAGCAUCUGCGGCUUCAUCGUACAGUUCGUCGGUUUACGCGGCAUGCACUGGUCAGUUUCAAUCGCCCAACUUGGUGCUACCGUCGUCAUGACCAUUCUUAGAGCAUGGGUCCGUCGAAAUCUCGCCAAAAAUCCAGGGUCACAACCGCUUCUUUCGGGCUACGAGAUAGAUUGGCUGGCGAUGACCCUUGGCGGAGACUGUCGCAAGGCCCCUUGGAUGUAUUCCGAUAUAACUGAGAGGAACUGGGACAAAUACGACCGACCAUGGGCGUACGACAAUGGUUGGGAUUGGAGGGUUGCCGCGAUUGCAGAUCCUACAAAAGUAAAGGAAUUUGAGGAACUGAAGCCGCCCCUGGAUGCCGCUGGUGCAGGUACUGAAAAAUUGAGCAAAUCGCCGCAGGCAAGCGACAACGGGAAUGAUGGGACGGCUCAGACGCUAGGCCCGGCACUGAAAGAUGAAGCUUCCAGUUCCCGCUCAAACGCCCACAAGGUUAUGAUGAUGCGAAGAUCUCUGAGCAAGGUCGCGGAUUGGCACGGACCUGCGUCCGCCGAAGCGAUUUCACUUGCAAGGGCAAUUGAAAUUGCAAUGGAAGGCCUACUUCCUACUCUCACCGGGAGCUUCACCUGGUCUCUCGAAGUCUCCGACGAACCGAUCUAUUUCCGGCUAGAACGAGGACAGGCUGGGGCCUGGAAAGCAUACUCGGACGAGAUCGACGCAGCCCUGUCAUUAUGGCUUUAUUCAGUCGAUAACAAGGAGCAAGGCAAUGGCAAGCAACCGCAGGAGGACGACGGAAAAACCACUGGAAAGCAAGAGGAGGGCAAAAACACGAUUCCUGCAGGGCACAAAGAUGCGGCAGCCGAUGACGAUGCAUGGUUACGAGCCACAGGGACGCAGGCGAAACGUAGCCUGCGUCUUCUUGGCCGGACCACGACCCUGCAUCAAGACCUCCAGUGGUGGAUGCCUGAUGGUGCUGUCAGAGUCAUCAAGGUGGAGCAGCAGGAAUCGGCAAACAUUUCAAGCACGAUUGCAGUGCAGGCCCAUCGAAUUGUCGGAUAUGCAUCCGACUUGAUGUUUCGCGCAGAUCUAUCCUUUGCCGGCGAUGUUGAUGAACUGAGCACGCAUUCGAUCUUGGCGGCCGAAUCAUACGUGCCAUUGAAGACACUCUUCGCCCAGCACAUGUUCUCCGCGUUCAUGUGGGCUGCUGCAAAGACGAUGAAGGAGCGAUUUCCCGGCAGAGCGGACAUACGUCCUACAGAGGCAGACAGCGCGAGUGGCCGUGUAUGGUGGCAAUCAUUUGCAUUGCAUAAUCCCCGACUCUCCAAAAUGGUCGAGGAUAUCCAAAGCACUGGACUUGGGAGCUUGGAAGAUAUCUAUCUGAGCGUCAUCCCACCGCUGAGCACAGAGAAAAGGCUCCCACGUGCCGACGCCAUCGUUGAACGGACUCAAGAACAUGCCAAGCCGCAAGAGCGGCUGGGGCAUUGGAAGGAGGCCGCCGGGGCGUACCUGUGGCUUUUUCGAACCGCAAAAGUAUUGAGACAGGAUGACAUCACCACUAAAGCUACUGCCCUUUUGAUGGAGUGCUUGAGAGCAGUCAUCGAUGCUACCAAGCUAAGGAAAGCCCAACAAUUUGAAGAAAGAGACAUCGACGAGCUGGAGAAGCUGCAAUCGGAACUUCACGACGAGCUGCGGAAUGGUGAUGUUGAUGACACCUUGGAGUGCCUGAUGGGCCUGUACAAAGUACAGGGUCGUUCUUGGGAGUCCUCCCUUGUCACAAAUCCCAAGCACUUCGAAGGUGAAGAGGCAACGGUCAAGUUCAGGCGUUCACAUUGGAUGGCCCACCGCAAUGACUCCUGGGACAUCAAACAAUGGCUCGAGGACAAGGAGGACACGUCAAACAACGGUAGCGACCGGAUACCGGGGAUCGAUCCAAAAGACCGAGGGGCCCAGACACCGCUUCAUUUGGCCGCCAGAAGGGGCAAUAAGGAGGUCGUUUCGUUGCUGCUCGAUGAGGGCGCCGAGAUAGAGGCGAAGGACGGGGUUGAGAAGACGCCGCUACACUGGGCCGCCGAGGGGGGCAAGAAGGAGGUCGUUUCGUUGCUGCUCCACAGGCGCGCCGACAUAGAGGCGAAGGCCGGGAAUGGGAACACGCCGACAUAG